UGACAGAACGCACACGGAAGUGACGCGUGGUGCUCAAAAGAGUUAAGCAAAGCAUCUGGGAACAAAACACCAGCUAGCUCAGUUUUUAUUUAACAGCCGAGGACCGGAGCUGGGAGCAAACACACGGUGGAAACGGUUGACAUUACUAUAAGCAGACAGACGCCAUGAAUCCUGUAUACAGCCCUGCACCAACAGGGGUUCCCUUCACCAACACAAAGGGUUUGAGCUAUCAAGCGGCCGGAUUUCCUGUCGGAUACGCGACCGCUGCACCGGCAUACAGUCCCAGUGUUUAUGCAGGAGCAAACCCGGGCUUCCCCAGCGGCUAUGCCACUGGCACUGCUUUCAAAAUGUCCUGCUCUCCCAACACGGGGACCGUCCCGCCGUACUCCUCCUCUCCGAACCCGUACCCCGCCGCCGUUUACCCUGUGAGGAGCACCUAUCCCCAACAGAACCCUUACGCACAGGCGCUAAUACCGUCACAACAGCAAGGCACCUAUUACACGCAGCCGCUGUACGCUGCUCCGCCUCACGUCAUCCAUCACACAACGGUGGUCCAGCCCAACGGGAUGCCCGCGGCCAUGUACGCCCCGCCCAUCCCUCCCUCUCGCCCCAACGGUGUAACCAUGGGGAUGGUAGCGGGCACAACCAUGGCCAUGUCAGCAGGAACUUUGUUGACAAGUCCAUCACCAGCACCCGUUGCCCCCCAUCAAGUUACGAUGCCCACGUAUCGGGCCCCUGGCACCCCCAGCUACAGUUAUGUGCCCUCACAGUGGUGAAGAGACUCAAGCGUCGCAAAGGCGUUAGAUAUGCAUUCACACUCUACUCCAGUGUUUUUCGCUCUCGGCAGCGGCCUGCCCUCGCAGCGUCUGCAAACCACUUAGUCUUCUUCCAGCAUAAUGUGAAUCUAAAACCCAACUAACAUAGAUCAGAGCCCCGUUCCAACAUGGAGGGGGCUUGGAAGGAUAGGCCCAUCCCCAUGUAUCCCAGCCCCACCCCGUCCCUCUUAUAUCAACAAGGCUGCAUUCCAUCUGCUCCCCCCACCCCCACUUUCCUUCCAGUCCCCGCCAGCAUCAGCACCUCUGCAGCCUGGCCUCAUAUCUCACAUCAAACUGCAAAAAAGGAAAAAAAAACAAACAAAAAAAAAACCUCCAGGCGAACCUUUUGCGGACUGUCAUGCAGGUUUUUAUAGCUUAAACUCUGAAGUGGUAAAAAGGGAGUUCUGUUUUGUUUUUUUGUUUUGUUUUUAUUAUUAUUAUUAUUAUUUGGAGGAUACCUAUGACGUUGAAUGCAUGUGUGUGUGUAUAAAUAUAUAUAUAUAUAGAUAUAUGAAGUAAUGCUAGCUUGAUCUACCUGCUGUGACAGAUGCAAAGUCAAUAAAAGGCACACGUCCAAAGGAACUAAAAAAAAAAGAAGUAAUAAUCUGCAAUGCUGAAUCACCAGUGACCGUCUCAUAAAUGUGAAAAAAAAAAAAAA